CCGGCGCUCGCGGAGCUGCGGCGGCGCCGCCGCUUCGCUUCCGCGGCGGGGCCGGGCCGGGCCGGGAUUGGCCGCGCGGCCGCCUCGCCCCAGAAUGCAGCGCAUGGCGCGUCAUUGAAGAGAGACCAUGAUGGCGGCGGCGGCCGCGGCGGCGGGGGGCGCCCCCGAGGUGAUCGCCCAACUGGAGAACGCGGCCAAAGUGCUCAUGGCACCACCUUCCAUGGUCAACAAUGAACAACGUCAACAUGCUGAGCACAUAUUCUUAUCAUUUAGAAAAUCAAAAUCACCAUUUGCUGUUUGCAAACAUAUUUUGGAAACUAGUAAAGUGGACUAUGUCCUUUUCCAAGCUGCUACAGCGAUAAUGGAAGCAGUUGUAAGAGAAUGGAUUCUCUUGGAAAAAGCUAGCAUUGAGUCACUGCGAACAUUCCUUCUAACCUAUGUCUUACAAAGGCCUAACCUUCAAAAGUAUGUCCGGGAGCAGAUUCUAUUAGCGGUAGCGGUGAUAGUGAAACGGGGAUCAUUAGACAAAUCAAUCGACUGCAAAAGCAUUUUUCAUGAAGUCAGCCAGCUGAUCAGCAGCGGAAACCCCACUGUGCAAACAUUGGCCUGUUCCAUUCUAACGGCGUUGUUGAGCGAGUUCUCAAGUUCAAGUAAAACCAGCAACAUUGGACUAAGCAUGGAGUUCCAUGGUAACUGUAAACGUAUAUUUCAGGAGGACGAUCUGCGGCAGAUCUUCAUGCUCACGGUAGAGGUACUUCAGGAAUUCAGCAGACGUGAAAACCUCAAUGCUCAGAUGUCUUCAGUGUUUCAGCGUUAUCUUGCACUAGCCAAUCAGGUCUUAAGCUGGAACUUCCUUCCUCCAAAUUUGGGCAGACAUUAUAUAGCUAUGUUUGAAUCCUCACAAAAUGUGAUGCUAAAGCCAACAGAAUCCUGGCGCGAGACCCUCCUGGACAGCAGAGUUAUGGAGCUUUUCUUUACAGUACAUCGAAAAAUCAGAGAAGAUACAGAUAUGGCCCAAGAUUCAUUACAGUGCCUGGCACAGCUGGCAUCUUUGCACGGGCCAGUCUUUCCUGAUGAAGGGUCACAAGUUGAUUACCUGGCACACUUCAUUGAGGGAUUACUGAAUACUAUCAAUGGAAUUGAAAUAGAAGACUCUGAAGCAGUGGGAAUUUCCAGUAUUAUCAGCAAUCUGAUAACUGUAUUUCCUCGCAAUAUUUUAACGGCCAUUCCAAAUGAACUUUUCUCUUCAUUUGUUAACUGCCUCGCACACCUCACCUGUUCUUUUGGAAGAAGUGCUGCCUUGGAAGAAGUGCUUGACAAAGAUGACAUGGUAUAUAUGGAGGCAUAUGAUAAGUUGCUGGAAUCUUGGCUUACUUUGGUCCAGGAUGACAAACAUUUCCAUAAAGGUUUCUUUACCCAACAUGCUGUUCAAGUCUUUAAUUCCUACAUUCAGUGCCAUCUAGCUGCUCCUGAUGGCACAAGGAAUUUGACUGCCAAUGGUGUGGCCUCUCGGGAAGAGGAAGAAAUAAGUGAGCUGCAGGAAGAUGACAGAGACCAGUUCUGUGACCAGUUAGCCAGCGUAGGCAUGCUGGGGAGGAUUGCUGCAGAACACUGCAUACCUCUUCUCACAAGUUUGUUAGAAGACCGAGUGACAAGGCUUCAUGGACAAUUGCAAAGACAUCAGCAGCAGUUACUUGCCUCACCAGCAUCAGGUUCAAUUGACAAUAAAGUGCUUGAUGACCUGUAUGAGGAUAUUCAUUGGCUUAUUUUAGUCACAGGCUACCUCUUGGCUAAUGAUACUCAGGGAGAGACUCCGCUAAUACCUCCAGAAGUAAUGGAAUAUUCCAUUAAACAUUCAGCUGAGGUUGACAUCAAUACAACACUUCAGAUUCUGGGAUCUCCAGGAGAAAAGGCCUCUUCCAUCCCAGGGUACAACAGAACUGAUUCUGUAAUUAGGUUGUUAUCUGCUAUUUUAAGAGUGUCAGAAGUAGAAUCUAGAGCAAUAAGGGCAAAUCUCACACACCUCCUGAGCCCCCAGAUGGGCAAAGAUAUUGUAUGGUUCCUCAAGCGCUGGGCAAAGACUUACCUCCUAGUAGAUGAAAAGUUGUAUGAUCAGAUAAGUCUGCCAUUUAGUACAGCAUUUGGUGCUGAUACAGAGGGUUCCCAGUGGAUUGUGGGUUACCUUUUAGAAAAAGUGAUCAGUAACCUGGCAGUGUGGAGUUCAGAGCAGGACCUUGCAAAUGAUACUGUACAACUGCUAGUAACAUUAGUGGAAAGGAGAGAGCGGGCAAACUUAGUUAUUCAGUGUGAAAACUGGUGGAAUUUAGCCAAACAGUUUGCAAGGCGAAGCCCUCCUCUUCACUAUCUGUCUAGUUCUGUGCAGAGGACGCUAAUGAAGGCUUUAGUUCUAGGAGGUUUUGCUCAUAUGGAUACAGAAACAAAGCAACAAUACUGGACAGAGGUUCUUCAGCCACUUCAGCAGCGAUUCUUGAAUGUGAUAAACCAAGAAAACUUUCAGCAGAUCUGUCAGGAAGAGGAAGUGAAACAGGAAAUCACUGCUACAUUAGAAGCACUCUGUGGCAUUGCUGAGGCUACCCAGAUUGAUAACGUAGCGAUUCUCUUCAAUUUCCUAAUGGACUUCCUUAAUAAUUGCAUUGGAUUAAUGGAAGUAUAUAAAAACACACCAGAGACUGUUAAUCUCAUAAUCGAAGUCUUUGUUGAAGUUGCACAUAAACAAAUUUGCUAUCUUGGAGAGGCCAAAGCCAUGAACUUGUAUGAGGCCUGCCUAACUCUGCUCCAGGUGUAUUCCAAGAAUAAUCUAGGUCGACAACGGAUAGAUGUUACAGCAGAAGAAGACCAGUACCAGGAUCUCCUACUUAUUAUGGAGCUUCUCACUAAUCUUCUAUCAAAAGAGUUCAUAGAUUUCAGUGAUACAGAUGAGGUAUUUAGAGGACAUGAGCCUGGGCAAGUUACAAAUAGAUCUGUAUCAGCAGCAGAUGUUGUCUUAUAUGGGGUUAAUCUAGUUCUGCCUCUAAUGUCACAAGAUCUGCUGAAGUUUCCAUCCCUGUGUAAUCAAUAUUACAAAUUAAUCACUUUCAUAUGUGAGAUAUUCCCUGAGAAAAUUCCACAACUUCCAGAGGACCUCUUUAAGAGCUUAAUGUACUCACUGGAGUUAGGGAUGUCAUCAAUGAGCUCAGAGGUUUGCCAGCUCUGUCUGGAGGCUGUAACACCAUUAGCAGAACAGUGUGCAAAAGCACAAGAAACAGAUUCAACCCUUUUUCUAGCAACGAGGCACUUUCUUAAGAUGGUUUUUGAUAUGCUGGUACUUCAGAAGCACAAUACAGAAAUGACAACUGCAGCAGGUGAAGCAUUCUACACAUUAGUGUGUUUGCAUCAGGCUGAAUAUUCAGAGUUAGUUGAAACGUUGCUAUCAACUCAGCAAGAUCCAGUAAUUUACCAGCGGUUAGCAGAUGCCUUCAACAAGCUUACUGCAAGCAGCACUCCUCCUACACUGGACCGUAAGCAGAAGAUGGCCUUCUUAAAGAGUUUAGAAGAAUUUAUGGCAAACGUUGGUGGACUUCUCUGUGUAAAAUAAACAACAAAACUCUAUGCCUAAUUUAGACCCUUUCUGCAAAAUGCACUGAGAAAUGCUGAAUGCUGACUAAAUCUUGUACCUGUCUCUGGGUUCUUUGCAGCCAUCUCAGAUUCUAGAGAGCCUGGAAGUUUGAACAUAACAUCAUGGAGUAGGAGAGGUCAACUUUGAAUCAGCUUCUGCUAUUAUGUGUUAGCUGCAAUCUGUCAUACUUGGGUGUAGAAGAGAAUGAACGGAAAAUCUGAACUGAAUUUUUUCCCAUUUAUGCGCAAACAGAUACGGGCACAAUGAAAUAAAUGCAGUGCCUUUCCCCCUGCACUGGUUUAAAAUAUGAGUGGUCAUGUAAGCAUACGGAUUUCUUUUCUACCCAAAAUCAUGUUAGAGUGUGAUGCAGAUACAUAGAAAGCUCUAAACAGUUUAGCUGAUUUUAAGCUUUAUUUUUCCUCUCUUAAAGUUUGAGUUUGUGUUCCAGUGGGGA